CGUGCCCGGGUGACCCGCCGUCACGUGACAGGCUCCAGAGGCGGAAGUGCUCGGGAGCCGCGCCGGGAAUCCCCAGCCAGACGCCCCGCGGGGCCCCGGAGGUCGCAGCGGCCGCGUCGCUCCGCAGGUCCGGAUGAUGAGAUGGCCUCCGAGGGGCUUCCCGGGGAGAAAUCUCCGCUGACUGUGAAAGUUGUUUCAGCAAAGCCCAAGGCCCAGGGCCGCCAGUCUCGGAUAACAUCCUUUGUGGAGAUAGUAGCAGAUGGACUUGCCAACGAGGCCAAGAAAACAGGGAAGCAGACCGGGAGCUCCGAGCUGCUCUGGAAUGAGAGCCUGGUGCUGAAUGUCACUUCGCAAAGCCACCUGGAUCUGAAGCUCUGGAGCUGUCACACCCUGCGCAAUGAGCUGCUGGGAGUGGCAUCCGUCAGCCUCUCUAGCAUGCCGAAGCAGAGCAAGGGGCAAGUGGAGAACAAGCCGAUGACCUUGAACCUGCAGGCAGAGAACAGAGGCGGUCUUCUCUCGGGUGGCGAGCUGACAAUCUUUCUGGAUGGACCUGGCAUUGAGGUGGGCAGCCUGCCUAAUGGCCCCGUUGCAGCAGCCGAAGUGAACGGAGAGUCUGAGAAUCCCGCAGCCGAGGCUGAGGAGCAGCGGGCUGGGCCCCCAGAGGCAUCCCCCCAUCCCAGCGUGUCUCACCCGCCCCCAGAGGCAGAGGAACCAGGCCCAGACAUCCAGGCCUCCCAGGUGGCAGUCCAGGCGCUGGAGACUCUGCCAGCUGGGUGGGAGCAGCGGGAGCUACCUAACGGGAGGGUCUACUAUGUGGACCACAACACCAAGAGCACCACCUGGGAGCGCCCCCUUCCACCAGGCUGGGAGAAACGUGUGGACCCCCGUGGCAGGUAUUACUUUGUGGACCACAACACACGCACCACCACGUGGCAACGCCCCACCGCUGAGUAUGUGCGCACCUACGAGCAGUGGCAGAGCCAGCGCAACCAGCUCCAAGGCGCCAUGCAGCAGUUCAGCCAGAGAUUCCUCUACCAGUCCUCCGGCACGGCUGCUGACAAUGAUCCCUUGGGCCCACUUCCUUCUGGCUGGGAGAAGCGGCAGGACAACGGGCGAGUGUACUACGUGAACCACAACACCCGCACCACACAAUGGGAAGACCCUCGCACGCAGGGGAUGAUCCAGGAGCCGGCACUGCCCCCCGGCUGGGAGAUGAAGUACACGAGUGAGCGGGUGCGGUACUUUGUGGACCACAACACCCGCACCACCACCUUCAAAGACCCCCGUCCUGGAUUCGAGUCUGGGAGUAAGCAGGGGGGCUCCCCUGGCGCUUACGACCGGAGCUUUCGCUGGAAGUUUCACCAGUUCCGCUUCCUUUGCCACUCCAACGCCCUCCCCAGCCAUGUCAAGAUCAGCGUCUCACGGCAGACGCUCUUUGAGGACUCUUUCCAGCAGAUCAUGAAUAUGAAGCCCUACGACCUGCGACGCCGAUUGUACAUCAUCAUGCGUGGGGAGGAGGGUCUAGACUACGGGGGCAUUGCCCGCGAGUGGUUCUUCCUCCUGUCCCACGAGGUGCUGAACCCCAUGUACUGCCUCUUUGAGUAUGCCGCCAAGAACAACUACUGCCUGCAGAUCAACCCCGCCUCCUCCAUCAACCCCGACCAUCUCACCUACUUCCGCUUCAUUGGCCGCUUCAUUGCCAUGGCACUCUACCAUGGCAAGUUUAUCGACACGGGCUUCACCCUGCCCUUCUACAAGCGGAUGCUGAAUAAGCGCCCCACCCUUAAGGAUCUGGAGUCCAUCGAUCCCGAAUUCUACAACUCCAUCAUCUGGAUCAAGGAGAACAGCCUGGAGGAGUGUGCCCUGGAGCUUUACUUCAUUCAGGACAUGGAAAUCCUUGGCAAGGUGACCACCCACGAGCUGAAGGAGGGCGGGGAGAACCUCCGGGUCACCGAGGAAAACAAGGAGGAGUAUAUCAUGCUGCUGACCGACUGGCGGUUUACACGGGGUGUUGAGGAGCAGACCAAGGCCUUCCUGGAUGGCUUCAAUGAGGUGGCCCCCCUGGAGUGGCUGCGCUACUUUGACGAGAAGGAGCUGGAGCUGAUGCUGUGUGGCAUGCAGGAAAUUGACCUGAGCGACUGGCAGAAGAAUACCAUCUACAGGCAUUACACCAAGAACAGCAAGCAGAUCCAGUGGUUCUGGCAGGUGGUCAAGGAGAUGGACAACGAGAAGAGAGUCCGGCUUCUCCAGUUUGUGACAGGGACCUGCCGCCUGCCUGUCGGAGGAUUCACAGAGCUCAUUGGCAGCAACGGACCCCAAAAGUUCUGCAUUGACAAAGUUGGCAAGGAGACCUGGCUGCCUCGAAGCCACACGUGCUUCAACCGCCUGGAUCUGCCUCCCUACAAGAGUUACGAGCAGCUGAAGGAGAAGCUUCUCUACGCCAUUGAGGAGACGGAGGGAUUUGGGCAAGAGUGAGGCCAAUCUGGAAGGAGUCUGAAGAGCCGACCUGUCUGCCAGAAAGGACAGAAUCCUGGGGUGCACGGCAUGGAGUGAUCAUCUUGGGGACCACUGGGGCCAGACCCUGUACAGGAAGCACCCCCCCUGCAAGGCUUGGGGGGGCUGGAUCCCAGAGCCCCCUCCUGCUCCCUCUGAGCUGCAUUUCCCUGGCAUCUCAGCCUCUUAUCAUGGCACUUUGGGUCUCCUGCAGGCCUGCCUCCCCCCCUCCUUCUGUCCAGCUGCUCCAGCUAGGGCCAUUCCUUGCCCACAGAGCACUUCAGCAGCAGUGUCCCCCCUACCCCCUCCUGUCAGCCUUAAUAUUACCAUGAAUGGCCGAGCUCCAGCCGGGCUGGGGCUGCUACAGACUGGCUGGCCCCGAGGCCUUCAGCUGAGCUGCUGCCACUCGUUGGGGCAACUUCCAGUAGCUGCUCUCCAGCCUGGCACAGGAAGUUGUGACUCGGGCAACCCUCCCUGCUUUCAGAUGGAGCCUGGCAACCUUGGGUACUGUGCAGACCAGCUCUUGCUGUCAAGGCAUGAGGAGAGUCCCAGCCAGGAGGCAGGCCUAGAGUCUGGCCACAGCAGGCUCUGGGAAGCAUCCUUGGAAACCUCCAGGCAGAAUUGACCAAAGGCAGGCAGCAUCAGGGACAGUUGACAGACUUCCUCGUGGUUGAUCUGCGUGUGAAUGUCUGAAUUCUGCGACCGAUUGCCCCAGCUUGAGUUUGUGUCAGGGAAGCUGGAGGGACAGGCAGCAAAGGCCACUCCAGCCCCAGGAAGGGUGGGCUUGUGCAUCGUAAUGCUCUUGGGGGGCCUUUGGCCUCCACAGAGGGUAUGUGUAUGAAUGUGUAUAAAAACAUGUAUGUGAAUAUAUAAAUGUGUAUAUAAAUGUCUCUGGACACCCAAGAAUUGCAAUAGCUUUUGAUGGGAUCUUAAGUAGUUUUGUACUGCACCAUCUGCCUCAGUGAUGCCACCUCUGUGCAAUAAACUAUCCGCAGCUGCUCAUGCGUCUC